GCAGUCUCUCGGAAAGGACAUCCCUAAUGCAGCUCUACUUUGUCUCCGCCGGCAACAUGUACUGAAUCUACCCGGGAGAGACCGAGGAAGAUGGCGGCGACUGAUCGUUCCCGAUCCGAAGCUGCAAAACAGCGACGGCAGGAUCAGUUACAGCGAUGGCUAGGCUCGGAAACCGAUCAGACCGGACCGGGGACGCGGGACGGGUCGACGGGAACCGGGACGCGGAGGGCCCGGGUUCGGUUCGCUCAGGGAGCCGUGUUUAUGGCAGCCUGUUCGGCCGGGGACAGAGAGGAGGUAGCGGUGCUCCUACGACAGGGCGCUGACAUCAACCACGCCAAUAUAGACGGACUGACCGCGCUUCAUCAGGCGUGUAUAGAUGAGAAUGCAGAGAUGGUCCAGUUCCUGGUGGAGAGUGGGAGUGAUGUGAACCGGGGGGACAACGAGGGGUGGACUCCCCUCCACGCUGCUGCCUCCUGUGGGUUCAUACAAAUCACCAAGUACCUGAUAGAGCACGGUGCACGUGUGGGGGCGGUGAACAGUGAAGGAGAGCUUCCUCUGGAUGUUGCCACUGAGGAUGCUAUGGAGAGACUGCUGAAGGGAGAGAUCAAGAAACAAGGGGUGGAUGUAGAUCUGGCGAGGAGGGAAGAGGAGCGGGUGAUGCUGGCGGAUGCCAACGCGGUGCUGGCAGGAAGUGGCGUGCUGACACCUCACCCCAACACCAAUGCCACAGCGCUGCACGUGGCCGCGGCCAAGGGCUACAUAGAGGUCAUGAAGGUCCUGCUCCAGUGUGGUCUGGAUUUGGACAGUGGUGAUGUGGAUGGCUGGACAGCCCUGCAUGCUGCAGCUCACUGGGGACAGCAGGAGGUGUGUUCUCUGCUGGCUGACAACCUGUGUGACAUGGCUGCUCUCAACAACGUGGGACAAACCCCUAUAGAGGUAGCAGAUGACACCCUAGUGGACACUCUGGAGCAGCUGACUAAGAAACAGAACGCUUUGCGUACAGAGAAAGCCAAGCUGUCCCAGCCUCCGGUCAUUGAAACCAGUCCUUCUAUCAAUAUGGCACCAGUUAGACCACGCAGGACCUCAAUCUCUCGUAUGAGCAGCAGAGAGAAGAUCUGCCUCCACGAGAGAGAGAAGCACCCUCCCCCUGCCCUGACCAGCAGCCCAGCCGAAGAAGAAGAGGAGGAGGGAGGACAAGGUCUGCCUGGGACUCAGGGACCGGGCCUGCCUGGGACUCAGGGACCGGGCCAGCCUGGGACUCAGGGACAGGGCCAGCCUGGGACUCAGGGACAGGGCCAGCCUGGGACUCAGGGACAGGGCCAGCCUGGGACUCAGGGACAGGGCCAGCCUGGGACUCAGGGACAGGGCCAGCCUGUGACUCAGGGACAGGGCCAGCCUGGGACGCAGGGACCGGGCCAGCCUGGGACGCAGGGGACACAGGGACAGGGCAAGGCCUCCAGCAGCUCCAGUUCAGAAGAGGAGGAUGACGAAUCUGAGAGUGAUGCUGAAUCAGAGAAAGCCAAAAACCGAGAGAUCAUCAACAACUUGAACAACAAAUGCAACAGCUCCUCCACCCACGCUACCUCCACGGCAACCAGCACUUCAGGAGACCCUGCCAAAAAGCAGGACCCAGGGAAGCCCCCAGCCCCCGAAGUGGCACCUAGCUCGGCCCCUGGCGCGGCCCCUGGCUCCUGGAGGACCUCUCUUCGUAAGGCAGGCAGCUCUGUGACCCUGGGUCCUUCAGGGGCCAACGACCCCAGCCAGGAGUCCACCCGUGGGGCCCCUGAGUCUGGCCUGGGCAUAGGGAUGACCCGCUCUGCCUCCAGCCCACGCCUCAGCUCCAACAACACCACCACAGACACCAAGGAACCCAGGACUGCCAGAGUGAACCCCAGUCCAACCAGACGUCUCUUCAGUAUGCCAGACACCAACCCAGAGGGCACUAGCAGCUGGCUGAGUCGUAGCUCCUCUUACACCCGACGCCUCAAUAGUACUGGAAGUGAUCUUAGUAGCUCCACUCCCUCCUUGCCUCUCAGCUCAUCCUAUGGACACAAACCGGAUGACCCCACGGGGACAGGAAGUAGCUCCUCUGUUGGACUCAGUCGACUCAACAUCCUGGUGGCCCAGAGACUGGCUCAGGAGCAGGCAGAGAAGAAGGAGAAGGAGCAGGGUUCUGUCACCACCACGACCGGUGUGGGCAGCGAUCUGGAGACCAAGCAGAGGCGCAAGUCCUACUUGACCCCGGUACGUGAUGAGGAGGCUGAGGCUCAGAGGAAGGCUCGCUCCAGACACGCCAGACAGUCACGGCGAUCCACUCAGGGGGUGACGCUCACAGACCUGAAGGAAGCUGAGAAGACAAUGAAGACCGCACAGACGGACGAAGGGAGGGACAAGACAAUGAAGACCGCACAGACGGACAAAGAGAGAGACAAGACAAGGAAAGAGGAGGAGGAGAAGGAAGAGGCCAAUAAGAAGAAAGCAGAAGAGGGGGAAGUAAGCUGGAGGUCCCGUAUCGCCAGCCUGCAGAAGUCUGACCUGUUGGGGCUGACUCAACCGGCUGGUACCCUUCGUCCCCAGACCUCCGGCCAGGAGAGGAGUGCAGAAGGGGAGAGUGAGAGUGACCGUAUCGCCAGGGAGAGACGGAGAGCCCGAGCCAGGAGGAGAGCUCAGAGGGCUGGAGAUAGUGAUGACAACGAGCCCAGUGGAGAGGAGGGGUUGGGAGGCAGUGGGCAGGAUCCACAGACAGACAGGCACUCCAGCACAAGGUCCGACGUGUCAUGUAACGACUGUAUCGACAGAGGAGGCGGCUCUGAAACUAAGGAUUACAAAAAGCUGUUUGAGGUGGUGUCCAGGGAGAAUGGUCAGCUCCAGUCUCAGCUGCAGGACACCCAGAGGACCAUCUCUCAGACGAGACUGGACCUGGAUAAGGUUACCCAGAGACAAGAGCGGUUCAGUGAUUGUUCAGCCAUGCUCGAGCUAGAGAAGAAGGAGCGACGGAUGUUGGAGCGGCGUGUGGCUGAGCUGGAGGAGGAGUUGAAGGUGCUCGGUGACCUGAGAGCUGACAACCAGAGGCUGAAAGACGAGAAUGGAGCGCUCAUCAGGGUCAUCAGUAAACUCUCCAAAUAGAUGGAGAGAACGAGAGAGAGACAACAGGGAAGCCCACUCCCUCCCUCCCUCCGUCCAUCCACCCCUCCCACCUCACAUUCCUACCAGUGCCAAAGAAUUAAAGACAGAGAGAGAGGAGGGAGGGGGGUACAAGAAACAAAAAAAGAGAAGACGUAUGGGAAUGUGGUACUCUAAACAACACCAUAUCUUGACUUGAUUGUGACGCCUCUUCUUCCUUAGUCCUGACCAAUCGCUGUGGCUUGUCGUUGUGUGUGUGUGUGUCUUAUGCCCACUUUGAAGACAGGACCGUAUCCAUGGCAGGUAGCCGUGACAACUGUGGUCAUGACGACGGCUCGCAUAGUAGCAAAGAGGCAUGACAACAGCCAAAUGCCCAUGGGAUUGUGAUGUUAAAAAAAAAUACUUUAAAAAAACAGAGAAUAUAGACAAUGUGCACAAGGGGGAAAUACUAAUAUGAGCACACACAUUCCUUCUCCGGGUACCAUCCACACACAUUCCUUCUCUGGGUGCCAUCCACACACAUUCCUUCUCUGGGUGCCAUCCACACACAUUGCACCAGUCCAAGGCAUCUUGGUCCCUUAGCUUUCCCACUCAGUAAUUUAUUUUAUUUUGUGACCCACACAUUCACACACCACCUUUUUCCACCAACCCACUCUGCUAUUGUACUAACUACGGAUCUCAGUCCCUCCCACUCAAAACUAUCCUACCCCACAAAUACACUCCUUAUAGAGGCUUUCACAUCGUCUCCGUCCAGACCCUGGAUCCAUAUCUCCCACUCAAAUCUGAGUGUGUCAUUCCACUCCAUGAGCCUCUUAAUCUGGUAGUGCCAUUGGUUUUGAACCCACCAGAGAUCCACUCUUCCCCUAACACACUAUAGUGUUUUGAACCCACCAGAGAACCACUCUUCCCCUCAAAACACUAUAGUGUUCUGAACCCACCAGAGAUCCACUCUUCCCCUCAAACACUAUAGUGUUCUGAACCCACCAGAGAUCCACUCUUUCCCUCAAAACACUAUAGUGUUCUGAACCCACCAGAGAACCACUCUUCCCCUAACACACUAUAGUGUUCUGAUCCGCUCUUCCCAUCAAAACACUAUAGUGUCCUGAACCCAC